CAGCCAAUCUCUCCCUCGCACGCUCGAUCUCACUCUCAUGAACCUCAGUCCCUCAAUCCACCCUCAAUCCCUUUCACCCUCUCAAGCUCACACACACUCUCAUCCUCCUGCGAUUCCGGCAAAGCAAGUUUGGGUAUGGAAGUUUUGGGUAUAGAAGUUUGGGUAAAGUAAGUUUGCAAAGCAUAGACAUCCUCAAGUUUGGUUCGAUUUCUGGUUCGAUUUCGAAUUCUUCAAGCUUGCUACCUUCAUGAAGUCUUGAAGAAGUGUAGGAUGGUGGAUAUGGUUGCCUUUGUCGAUCCUGAUCAGACUGGUACAGUUGGGUGUGGAAAUCCCACUGAAAGGGCUCGGUCUUUGUCAGAUCGCUAUAGGCAAGGGAGGUUAGGGCAAAUCUUUGUGGUUCCAUAUAACUCAGGUGCUCAUUGGAUGUUGACGAUUGUGAACCCAAAUGAAGAAGUCGUGCACUUCAAGGAUCCACUUAAAAGGCGACUCGAUACUGGGGAAUGGAAAUCUAUUGUCAACAACUCCAUUAAAAUCUAUAAUGCUCACAAGAAUCGGAAAGGAAGGAAAGUAAUUCAAUGGAAGAAUCUUGCUGGUAUUCCGGAGCAAAAAAAUGACAAGACUUGUGGAUAUUUCAUUAUGCGUUACAUGAAAGAAAUUGUGGAGGACAAGAACUUGGAUUUUAGUAUGAAGUGGGGAACGAGGUCAAAUUUGGUUUACACAGUCAAUGAUAUUGAUGAGAUCCGAGCGGAAUGGGCUGAGCAUGUUUUGAAGUUCCCAGAAAAUUAAGUAUCAGCCUAUAUAUAUGCUUCUGUUUCUGGUAGGUUAUGAGCAGUAGUAGUGUCUAGGAACUGCUUUUGUGCAUUUUGACAGAACUGCCUAUAUAUAUGCUUUUGUUUCUGGUAGGUUAUGAGCAGUAGUAGUGGCUAGGAACUGCUUUUGUGCAUUUUGACAGAACUGAUGGAAAGUGUUGAACAAAUGCAUGCAGUUGCUGUAACUACUCUAUGGAUGCUACUAGGUUUUUGUCUUAGUUAGAUUAAGAUCCGUGCAACAAUGGCAGUCAUUAAAAUCAUUUAAUGUAAAGGCUAGCAUGCUAGCUAGUUUAGUAUUAUGCUACUGAUGGGAAUGUAUUUUGGUGGGUUGAUUUAUGCA